UUGUUAAAAUUGUCGAAGCAAAACGACGCUUGACGUGGGACGCGCGUCGCUUUUUUAUUUUGCAAACGGUUCUCCGCGAGUGCAAAUAUAUAAAUAUAAUACAAAUGCUCGUUUACUGCAAGUUAUUGCUUGUACCAUAAAUAAGGAAAAGCUGCCAAAUUACCGGUGCAUUAAACGAAAUUAACUCGCCCAAGCUGCAGCUUCGUCGUUGUCGUCGUCGUCUGAAGAAAAAAGCCACAGUCAAAAAUUUUGAAUGGGGCAGUGUAGCGUCUAAUAAAACGCAUAUACACACAAACAACCACACACGUAUGUGCGUAAGUGUGUGCGUGUGAUUGUAUACAGCAUGCAGCAGUAAACAAGACAGCAUAAUAAUAAUAAUAAUACUUAGUGAAAUUUUGCUUCCAAACAUAAAAGUUGUAGUUUCGGACAAGAAAAUAACGCGGUUUUGAGCUAGUGUUAGUGUUCAAAUUAAUACAAUUGCAGCAGACAAAAACGCAUACAUACAAACAUACAGCACGCACUUAUUGGAUUAUCACAACAACAACAACUACAUCGUCAACAAUUGACUUCCGUUUCUAGAGCGCUUCCAGUGUCCUCUUCCAUAUCAAAUCUUCCUUCAAUUGUGCCAAAAUUGAAGUGCAAAUGACGUCACACUUUGUUACACUUUGAUCAAAGUUUCAAGUCUUAGUUUUUUCAUUGCUUAACAUCAUCGCUGUCAAAGUUGUCAAUUUUCGUAGUUUGCCAAAUAGAUUAUGUUAAAUGUGUUGUGUGCUACGCCGUGCCUGAAAACCUCCUCGUAAAUCAAAACCUCAAACAAGAACACAUUUUCAAUAAUUAAUAUACAAUUUCUGUGUGUUUGCUAACGUGCUAAUGCGUUUGGAGUAAAACGCAAGUCUGCUUCCUCCAUCGAUAUCCUCGCUAGACACACCCACUAACACUAACUACAACAACAACAAUAACAACACCAUCAUCAUACGUCGCAGCUGAUAAACAUGAGCCUUAACCAGCACAGUGGUCCCGGUCCGCCAGAACUCGCGAUGAAAUCGUGCGAUCAAGUGGACUCAACGUCAUCGCCAUUUCUUUGGCCACAUCAGCAGGAGCAGAGCACAGUGGGAAAGUUCAGCUCGUAUCGCGCCUCUUCCGGUCCGAUGGAAUCCGCCGUGGACACUGUCAAUGUCAAUGGCAAUGGAUUCCUCCCCCCGCCGCCUGUGACACGCACCAUUUCAUCGGAUCGCCUUGUCACUGGCCCUUCGUGUCGUGCUCUUCGCACCGCCGUCUCAGCAUUAUAUUCUGUCGAUGACUUUGUCAAGGAGAAAAUCGGCUCCGGUUUCUUCUCUGAGGUUUAUCGGGUCACACAUCGUACAACUGGACAGGUGAUGGUGCUGAAAAUGAAUCAACUGCGAGCAAAUCGACCCAAUAUGCUGCGAGAGGUUCAGUUGCUUAAUAAAUUGUCUCACGCCAAUAUAUUAAGCUUUAUGGGUGUCUGCGUGCAAGAAGGCCAACUGCACGCGCUGACCGAGUACAUCAAUGGGGGCUCCCUGGAGCAACUGCUGGCCAACAAAGAGGUGGUGCUUAGCGCUGCCCAGAAAAUAAGACUGGCGCUGGGUAUAGCGCGCGGCAUGACAUAUGUUCACGACGCGGGAAUAUUUCAUAGGGAUUUGACAAGCAAGAAUGUACUUAUUCGUCAACUCGCAAAUGGACAAUACGAAGCUGUCGUCGGUGACUUUGGACUGGCUGCAAAAAUACCAGAGAAAACCGGCAAAUCACGGUUAGAGACUGUUGGAUCGCCCUAUUGGGUGAGUCCGGAGUGCCUGAAGGGACAAUGGUACGAUCAGACGAGCGACGUCUUCUCGUUCGGCAUCAUUCAGUGCGAGAUCAUAGCGCGCAUCGAAGCUGAUCCGGAUCUGAUGCCACGCACGCCAUCGUUUGGCCUCGACUACUUGGCGUUUGUGGAACUCUGUCCCAUGGAUACGCCGCCUGUGUUUUUGAGACUGGCCUUCUACUGUUGUCUGUAUGAUCCCAAGAGUCGCCCCACUUUCCAUGAUGCGAGCAAGAAGCUCACGCUGCUGCUGGAGAAAUACGAGCAGGAGUCGACGACGUGUGCGGCGAGUCCCUUGAGUUCCCUGGAAUUGAUCACUUGCUCGCCCAUUGGCAGCGACACCGAGAACACGAUGGCACCCACAGUGGGCACCAUUUGCACAGCGCCAGUGGGAGCGGUGACAACGCCUCGACAUCGUCGCGACGUCGAUGAGGAUGGCUUCCGUUUCCCGAGCACGGGCAUCGGCAUCAGCUGCAAGUCUGCGUCCGCCGCAUUGCCUGGCACACCGAAUUGGCUGCCUGAGAACAGCAGCGAAUAUGAUGAGCAUAUGCUGAAGUCUCGCGUGCGUCGCGUCACCCAGAAACUGGAGGCCGAGAUACUGCUUCAUCGACGUUCGCUGAGCGAGAAUAUCAUACACUUUCCACUGCAUACGUCCCCCAGCGACAAGGCGCGUUGCCAUCAAAUGCAGCGCCAACGCUCCUCGACUCAUUCGCCAACGCCGCCGCGACAACUGGCCACAGCUGCCGUGUUGCUGCCGAUGAAUAAUGUGCCGGAGCCACCGCCAUUGCCGCCGCCAGUUUCGGCGGUGCUGACGCUGCGCAAAGUGGGUGAAACGAUGUGCUUGAAGGAUCCGCAGUACAAGCCAUCGUCCAAUAAGGAUCACAACGGUGCCAAACCCAAUCCGUUUACGGCGCUGGCGCAGCUUCGUGGCGUCAAGAAGAUACUCGGCGCCAAUCCAAAGACGUAUGCAGCUGGAGUUGGGGAUUUGUUCAGUUCGUGCUUUGAGAUGUCGGCGCCGUUCUUCAAGGAACUGGUUGCCAUGCAGGGCAAGCAGUUGGCCAACGAAAGCGAAGCUCCAGCGGGAACGGGAGCCACGUCGUUGAUGCCGCCCUGUGGCGAACCAAAGAGUCUGCCCGUCUCGCCGCAGCUGACGCGCAAAUACAGCGCCAUCGAGUUGAAGUUGCCACAACGCAGCAGCAAUGCCACAGCACCAACAGUUGCUGUUGCGCCUGCCGAGCUUGAUGACUGCGAUGAUUCGGAGGGGGAAGAUCUCGAUGGCGGUGGGAAUUGCGCCGACGCAGAGUCGAGCAGCGAUGACAGCGCUGUGCGGCCAUCGACGAUUCCCGCCGCUCGCAAAUAUCGCGCCAAUUCAUUGUAUACGCAUCCGUUGUUUCGCGGCAGCAGCGGCACCAUCAUCAAGUACAGCAACAGCGACAUGGAACUGAAAGGCAGCACGAGCUCAGGCACUCUGACAACUGCUGUCACGUUGCCCGUCGAACUCUCGAGCUGUGCCACCGAUGACGAGAAGUCGAAGGAGUUGGCGAAUAGCAACAGCAACUCGAAUAUGGACAACGUUGCAUCCAGCAGCACGACACCAGCCACGAGUUGCGCUGCGCAGGCGAAGGAGACAUCGACAUCGACAUGCACUUCAUACACGGAUCUGGAAUUGAAUGAGCUGAAAAACUCAUGCGAGUUGUUGCCCCUCAAAAGGAAUGUGACGCGACGCGACUCCAUCGAGAGUGGCUUCUACUCCUGUUUCAACGAGGAGUCGGAUGCGGCCAUCACCAACACUAGUUACAAUCGGCAACUGUGCGGCAUUAGCUCGCUCAGCAACUGCUGCUACGACCAGUUAAAGUCGCAAUUCAUGCUGGAGACGGGCGGCAACAACAAGCUCAAUGACAAGCUGGCGAGUUUGUGCCGUUGCUGCUACUAUGCGACGCCCUCAUCGACAGCCGCCAUUGUGGCAGCCGCUGCUGCGGCACAGCAGCAAUCACAGUUGCCACAGCAACAACAGCAGCAGCAACAACAACAGCCACACACGGAUUCGCCCUCUACCUCAUCGUCGGUGCUGUUGGUUGACAACGAUGCCGCUGCCAUUGCAGGCAACACAUCAUCCUCCACAGCGCUGGACUCCAUGGAUGAACUGGACGCCGAGAUAAUUGCACCGCGGACGCAUCAUCAGCGUCGCUAUACGUGUCAUCACGCUUUUGUUAGCGGCAAUGUGAGCGAUGGCCAGAUGACGGCCACGGCUGGAAUAUUGAAUCGUUUGGCUCUCGACUCCGAGUUGCAUUCGCUGCUGCAGCGCAGUCCGUUUGCCACGAAUCAAUUGCUCUACUGCAAGAAUCGCACAUCGUCCAUCUACACGGACAGCUCCGAUGACAUCAGCUCCGAUUCGCUGCUCUGGGAUGAUCGUUCGUUCACUGCGUUGCCCAGCACACGAUCCGCACAGAUUGCCAAGAUUGUGGAGUACUUUGAGCGCAAGCGACAGGAUUUAUCGCCGCCUUCGGUGCAUCAUCGCAAUGGCAAUGGCAGUGUGGCUGCUGCUGUGGCUGCCUCAGCUUUGGGUUCGAGUUAUCUGUCCUACGAUUCGCAUCAUUAUUCGGACUUUAAGCGGCAUUUAAAUACGGACUCGCUGUGCUUUGAUCUGGACAAGAAGCCAGCGCAGCAGCGAAUGAUGGUCUGUGAGGGAGCCGUCAAAUCCAAGUUGUCCAUAUUCGACAAGAAGAAGCAACAGCAGCAACAUCAACAACAACUGCAACAACAACAGCAAGCCAUGGGCAACGGACAGGGAAAUUAGCCAGAUUUUUGGCUUUUCAUUCGAUGUUGUUACUUUUUAUCAUUUCUAGGCAGUUUGUUGCUCCCUCCUUUGGUUUCCUCUUAAUGCCAAUUGAAUCCUUGCGUUUCAACCCGUACAACAAGUAACACAACACUAUAUAAAAUGCGUAAAAAUUUAGUCCUUAAAAGAAAAUUUGUGUGUGUUUUCGGAACAUCCUUUCUAAUAUUUUAUACUGGUUCCUAGUCCUUUUUUAUAUUUAUGAAUUAUGUAAAGCAAAACUAGUAAAUGUUAUUAUGAAUGUAA